GAAGUACCUCAGAUCUCCCGAGAGGCUGAAGCGAGGCUCGCGGCGAAACGAGCAGCGCGGGCAGAGGCACGGGAGAUCCGGAUGAAGGAACUGGAGAGGCAGCAGAAGGAGAUCUAUCAGGUUCAGAAGAAAUAUUAUGGUCUGGAUACUAAAUGGGGAGACAUCGAGCAAUGGAUGGAAGACAGUGAGCGUUAUUCCCGUAGAGCCCGAAGAAAUGCCUCGGCUUCGGAUGAAGACGAGCGCAUGUCAGUGGGUAGCCGUGGAAGCCUGAGGUCUCAUUUGGAAUAUGCCAGCACCUACCCCGUGGCUGGAUUAGAGAAUGAGAGGACCAAAAAGAAGAACUACUCCAAAGCAACCAAUGGUUAUGAGGAAGACGUGUAUGGAUCAUCCCAGAGUAGAAAAUCUAGCAGGGCUUCAUACUACUCUGAUCUGGGUCUUCACAACAGCAGCUACGCUUCCACUUCUCAGCCUUCUGCCCAAAAUGGAAAUUGGGCCUCUGUGUAUGACGAGAGCGUUUACAGUGGGAGUCGUCGGUAUAGUGCCUCUAGUUCUCGUGCUCCUUCUGAGUACAGCUGCUACCUUGGUUCAGGAUCUCGGGCAUCCUCAAGAGCCAGCUCUGCUCGUGCCAGUCCAGUGAUUGAGGAAAGGCCAGAAAAAGACUUUGAGAAGGGAGCCCGUACUGUCUCAAGUUUAUCAGCAGCUACCUUAGCUUCUCUGGGUGGGACUUCUUCCCGAAGAGGCAGUGGGGAUACCUCCAUCUCAGCUGAUACAGAGGCAUCCAUUAGAGAAAUUAAGGAUAUCUAUGAGUUAAAGGACCAGAUUCAGGAUGUAGAAGGCAAAUACAUGCAGGGACUGAAAGAAAUGAAGGACUCUCUAGCUGAAGUGGAGGAGAAGUAUAAAAAGGCUAUGGUGUCAAAUGCGCAACUAGACAAUGAAAAAACAAAUUUCAUGUACCAAGUAGAUACCCUGAAAGAUGCACUCCUAGAGUUAGAAGAACAGCUGGCAGAAUCCAGGCGGCAAUAUGAAGAAAAAAGUAAAGAAUUUGAGAGGGAGAAGCAUGCUCAUAGCAUAUUGAAGUUUCAGUUCAUGGAAAUCAAAGAGGCUUUGAAGCAAAGAGAAGAAAUGCUUGCAGAAAUCCAGCAGCUGCAGCAGAAACAGCAGAGCUAUGUCAGGGAAAUUUCUGAUCUUCAGGAGACAAUAGAAUGGAAAGACAAAAAAAUAGGGGCAUUAGAGAGACAGAAAGAUUUCUUUGAUUCCAUAAGGAGUGAGCGGGAUGACCUUAGAGAUGAAGUGGUUGUGCUGAAGGAGCAACUGAAGAAACAUGGAAUCAUCCCAGAUUCUGACAUAGCCACCAACGGGGAGACAUCAGACAUUCUUGAUAGCGAAGGACACUCGGAUUCUUCCAAAACUGUUCCAGGCACAACUCAGGCAUUAAAGGCAGGAGGGGAGGGGUCACUAGACAGGCUGAAAAAACUCAUUGAUGAACGGGAAUCCUUACUAGACCAGAUUAAAAAACUAAAGGGACAAUUGGAAGAAAAGCAAAAGAAUGGCAAGAUGGAAAACACACCGUCAGAAGAUGAAGUUCUGGAAAAUGGGACAGAUAUGCACAUGAUUGACCUCCAAAGAGAUGCCAACAGACAGAUCAGUGAUCUCAAAUUUAAACUAGCAAAGUCUGAGCAAGAGAUAACAGCAUUGGAGCAGAAUGUAAUACGAUUGGAGGGUCAGGUAGCGCGAUACAAAACUGCUGCUGAAAAUGCUGAAAGAGUAGAAGAUGAACUGAAAGCAGAGAAACGCAAACUACAGAGAGAGCUUCGUUCGGCAUUGGAUAAAACUGAAGAGCUUGAAGUCAGCAAUGGUCAUCUAGUAAAACGCUUGGAGAAGAUGAAAGCCAACCGGAGUGCUUUACUGUCUCAGCAAUAACCACCACCUUUCCAUGGAAACUGCUCCUUGACAGAAUCAGAACAACGUUGCAGAUGCUUCUGUCUCUUGCUGCCCGGGAUGCUUUGUGUCAUGCCUUCUGAGAACAGACAAGCCCAACAUUUGCUACGUGCCACACAGCUGUGGUUCCCUCUAAGCAGAUUUAAAACUACUGCACUAUAUAGAUACAGGAGUAGCUGAUCCAAAUGGCUGUGCCAGCGGGAGCCAUUCUACACCGUUCUUUGGGGACACGCGAAGUACAGCAUCUGUCUACCAUGCAAAGAAGCACAGCGGGCAUCGCGUUAAACUCUCCAUCCAGAAGGCACAGCAGCCAUUUAUUGCCGUUUAAAAUGGCAUUCAAAGACAAAACACUUUUAACUGGACUGGAAUUUUGUGUCUUGCUGAAAAUUUAAAAAAAGAAAACCAACAAAAAAAAACACUGUAAGUUUUGGACUUUCUCAUGGCAGUAUCUGUAAUUUAGUGACUACGGUAGAGUUAUUCAUAGUAGAUUUUUCAUUUACAAAUCACUGUGGAACCACAAGCCAUUACAAAGCAAAACUCCUUCAGUGGAAACCAUGGAAGAA